AUGUCUUACAAGUAUGCCGACCUCCCUGAGUUCUCAUAUGCAUCGGUCCAACGUCAAUAUUCGACCUUUGAUUAUGAGACUAAAUCUUUCCAAUUUUACCCUGUCACCUAUUCAACGACCGAUCUGACCGAGGGCCAAAACCAGGACAACAAGGAGCCCACCACCGAACCGGAGAAGGACCCUGCCUCUGAAGACCCUCCUGCCGCUGAGCCAAGUGGCGAUGACAGCCCACCCGCUGAACCUACAGAUUCCGCAGAGGCUACACCACCGGCCGAGUCUUCACCCGACGAGGCUGCCCCGGAAGCUAAAGAAGAUGGCAAGGAUGAGCCAGUACCAGAUGCAGAGAAUCCCGACGAGGCUUCCAAGGAGGCUGCUGUAGAAGACGGGAAACCUACAGAGGAUGCAAGUCCUGACGACGGUGCAGCGCCUGAAGGCGAAGCAAAGCCCGAAGGCGAAGCAAAAUCUGAAGAGGAAGCCAAGCCUGAAGAGGAAGCCAAACCUGAAGAGGACGCCAAACCUGAAGAGGAAGCCAAGCCUGAAGGGGAUCCGAAGCCCGAAGACGACCCAAAGCCUGAAGAUGAAUCCAAACCCGAAGGCGGUGCAGCGCCCGAUGACAGUGCGAAGUCUGAAGAGGAAUCAAAACCUGAAGAAGAUGCAAAACCCGAAGAUGCAAAACCUGAAGGUGGAGAAGAUGCUCCAGCAGGCAAAGACACGAAAAAAGAAGGCGACGGCAACAAUGAUGAAGGUUUCCCGGACUUUGACAUAGACGUAGAUCCUGAGAUUUUAGCGGCCGAGAAAGAGGCUGCUGCUAAAGCGGCCGCCGAAGACGCCCUGGAGGAAGACGCCCCAAAGGCCGAUGAAUCACCUGCUCCAGAGGAACCAGCAGCGCCAGAACCAGCCGCCGAGGAACCUAAGCAGCCAGCGGGCAAGGCCCCGGAGCCUGAAGCUGAGCCCGAAAAGCCCGCAGAUAAUCCUCCUGAUACCCCUGCUCCAGAGGAACCAGCCGCCGAGGAACCCAAGCAGCCAGCGGGCAAAGGCAAGAAAAAGAAGGGCAAGAAAAACAAGAAGGCAGCCGAGCCAGAGCCAACGCCAGAACCAGCCGCUGAAGCAGCACCGGAGCCUGAAGCAUCACCUGAAGUAAGCGAACAACCAGUGGAAGCAGAGGCACCAGCAGCGGAGCCUGAACCUGCUCCACCUGCAGAAGAGGAGAAGGCUCCCGAAGAACCUGUCAAGGAACCAGAGCCGGAAGCCUCCCCAGUUGAGGAAGCACCUGCUGCCGAACCCGAGGCUGCUCCAGCUGCAGCAGAAGAAGAGAAGGCUCCCGAAGAACCUGUCAAGGAACCAGAGCCGGAAGCCUCCCCAGUUGAGGAAGCACCAGCUGCCGAACCCGAAGCCACUGAGAAAGUGGAAGCUGUGGAGCCCGAGCCAGUCGAGACUCCCAAAGAGGCACCCGUCGAAGAAAGCACUCCGGUUGAGCCUACCCCUGAACCCGCUGCCGAGCCUGUUGCCGAGCCUGUUGCUGAGCCUGUUGCUGAGCCUGUUGCUGAGCCUGUUGCUGAGCCUGUUGCUGAGCCUGUUGAUGAGCCUGUGGUUGAGCCUGUGGUUGAAGCCCCUGCUGAGCCUGAGCCUGAACCUGCUGCUGAGCCCGAGCCCGAGCCCGCUGCCGAGACUGUGGCUGAACCCGCUGCUGAGCCUCCUGUGGCUGAAGCCCCUGCUGAGCCCGAGCCUGAACCUGCUGCUGAGCCCGAGCCCGAGCCCGAGCCCGCUGCCGAGACUGUGGCUGAACCCGCUGCUGAGCCUACCCCUGAGCCCGCUCCGGAACCGGCUGCUGAGCCUGCCCCCGAGCCUGUGGUUGAAGCCCCUGCUGAGCCCAAACCCGAGCCAACUGUCGCUGAGCCUGUCGCUGAGCCUGCCGCUGAGCCUGUGGUUGAACCGGUCGUUGAAGCUCCUGCUGAGCCCACUCCCGAGCCCGUUCCUGAACCUGUUGCUGAGCCCCCCGCGGAGCCUGUUGUUGAAGCUGCUCCCGAGCCUACACCUGAGUCCCCUCCCGAACCCGCUGCUGAGCCUGUUGUCGAAUCACCCGCUGAGGAGCCAGUCGAAGAGACUUCACCUCCUACACCGGAAGCAGUUGAGGCGAUUCCUGAAGCCCCCGAGGCACCUGCCGCUAAAGAGAAGGAUGUGAUUGAAGAUGUCCCCGCUGCCGCAGAUCCUGUAGCGGAGACUCCUGCCCCAGAACCAGUGGUUGAGGAGGCACGUGCUCCCACCCCGGUCGAAGAGACACCAGUGGAAGAAGCGCCCGUUGUCGAGACCCCAGCAGAGGCCGUAGCAGAACCGGAAGUCGUACCCGAUGAGGCGCCAAAGGAGGUCCCAGUGGAAACACCUGCUGACGAGCCAACGCCCGAAGAGCCAGCUCCUGUCGAAGCUGCCCCAGCUGAGACCCCGGCACCUGACGAAUCCCCGUUUGAACCAGUGGUUCCGGACGAGGCCCCAGCUGAGACACCAGAGGCCGAUGCAACUGCAGUCCCAGUCGAAACUCCAACGCCGGAAGAGGCAUUGCCUGAGACAUUGCCUGAGACACCGCCAGAGGAGCCAGCCCCUGAGCCAGAGGCUGCCAGAGACCUCCCCGCCGAAGACCCACCAGCAGAACCAGAAGCUGCCCCCGAGCCAGUACCUGUCCCCGCUAGCGACGAAGUGGCGCCCGACGAGCUCGUACCACCCCCAGCAGACGUCCAGCCUGAGGUGGAGAUGAUCGACGCCGAGCCUCUUGACGAAAGCGCAGAAGCCGCAGCAGCCCGCCACUCCCGACGCCGCAGAAAGCGUACCUCGCCGAUCGAAGGAGAGCGUCGGCAGUCCAAGACAUCAUCCGAAGGCCGCCGGGAUCAACUCCAGCGUCAGAAGAGCGAGCGAAACGUCUUCACCAACCGUUGGGCCAAGGCACUGGAAGAAGCACGACGCCAACACGACGAGAAGUCACAGAUACAGCGAAAGCAGCGUGCUCUCGCCGAGGAACGAGAGCGUAGCGGUAUCCCUGCCCCCGAAAAAUUGAAGCGCUCGAAGAGCUCGUCCAGGGAGAAGGUGAAGGAGAAGGAGAGGGCAAUGGAACCAGAAAUGGAGGCCGAAGUCAUCGAAACCAGAUCCAAACGCCGCACCUCCGAUACCCCCUCGAACCAACCUCUCGAACGAGCCCGCUCAACCAGGACCUCUUCAUCGAAGCAGGUAUCAACAUCGGUACCGACGCCCAAACCCCGUGCCUUCCUACGGUACAUGACAGAAGGCAAGUCGGAUACCAAUGGGCCUUUGCUGCGCCUGAAUGCCACCAAGGCUGCACCACCGAUCGAGAGACCGCGUCGGUCAUCGACAAGCCACAGCAGUGGUAGCCGUCAGGAUCGGGCGGAGCAUGAAGAGCGACACUCCAGUGGUCGGUCUAGCGGAUCACGGUCACGACGCGAAGAGGAGCCUCCUCGCACUGAGCGUGUUGAUCGCACUGAGAGUAGGAGAUUGCGACGCUCGUCGACGGCUGAGCAUGGUCGAUCUAGAGAGGAGAGGAAGGAGAGAGAGAGGGAGAAAGAUCGGGUAGAGAAGGAGCGUGAGCGUGAGCGUGAGCAUGCACGUGAACGAGAAGUCGAGGGAGAGAAGGAGAGGGAGAAGAAGCCUGAGAGCUCCUCCCGACGUUCCAGGGAGACGAGAGAGGUUCGCUCUCAUCGUCGCCACAGACGCGAGGAAUCGCCUCCCCGAGAGGAGUCGAAGCUGAAGGGUAUCUGGAGAGCGAUUGCUGCCCACUGA